AUGAAGGAAAUUAUAUACUUACAAGCCGGAAAACUCGCAAACUACACCGGCACACACUUCUGGAAUGCCCAAGAAAGUUAUCUCCAAUCUGAAGAACCGUAUACUGCUCCAGACAUAUCAUUUUGUGAAAGUAUAGACUCUCAGAAUAUAUCCACGUUAUGUCCUCGUUUAAUCACAUUUGAUCACAAAUCAAACUUUGGUGCUUUGGGGAGUUUGAAUACUUUAGGAGGAGAAGAUAUUGAAAUCGAGUCUUUGUCGAAUACAUGGUAUGAGAACGGGGAGCUCGUGGAAUAUAAACAAGAUCGUAUCUCAAAAAGCGCCUUUCAGUCUUCUUUGGAAGAGGAUGAGGACAAGAACCAGUCUUCAGAUCUCGUUCUUAUUCAAGACUUCCGCUACUGGUCCGACUACAGUAGGGUCUAUUAUCUUCCUAGGACUCUGCAGAAGAUACCUGAUCCCCCUGAGUGGGAGACGACAAACGUCGAUUUGAAUCAUGGUCUUGAGGUCUUUACACGAUUAAAUGAGGAAACCGAACUAAUGGAUGGUACUUUGCGUUUAUUUGUUGAAGAUUGUGAUAAUAUCCAAGGUGUACAACUGAUCAACGAUACCGAUACUUUUGGAAGUUUUAUGGGCACCUUUUUCACACACUUCCGGGAUGAAUAUCCCAAACUUCCAUCAUUUUCAUUUCCUAUCUUAUCAGGCGCCACGUCGGAUUACGACGCACCUACGAGUUUAUAUCACCAAUCGGCUAUUCUUUCGGCUCACGUCGAAACAUGCACACUUCCCUUCCGAUUGCCCCAUAACCAUUAUGACAUUCCAUCCGUUUCAGGUCAUCUCAACUAUCGCGGAACCUCCCCAUUCAGUGAACUCUCUGGUUCGUUCCCUCGCGUAGACUUCACUAGAGAUAUAGCCAAUUUCUCCUCUGAAGAAUCUGUCAAAUCCCCAUACUGCCGCUGGGAUGUGACGCGAGGUCUCACCCCGAAACAGAUAGGGGAAUACGACACAUGGUCGACUCAAAACUUAUGUGUUAAGUCGAGCGUGCACGCUCAUGCGCUUCCUCUUCCUAAUUCCUUUCCAAUCUUCAACGCCUCAGAAUCACCGAAAAGCAAGAAAAACUCCGAGGUCGCUGAGGUCUACUCUUCCUUGUCAGCCUCAAGCAACAGCUCCAAGAUGUUCCGAAAAUAUGCGAUGUUCAUCGAUGAGUGCGGAAAGCGGCGGACAACAACCACUGCCUCUAUUGACAUCCCGGUUGACGAUCUCAGAGAAUUGGCUAAUGACCUCUGGACAAUGCACGAUAAUGCGUCAGAGGAAACUGAAGCCCUCGCCAUUUCUGAUUAA